UCAGUUUCCGCGCGCCUCUUUGGCAGCUGGUCACAUGGUGAGGGUGGGGGUAAGGGGACCGCUCUAGCUUGCGGCCUGUGUCUAUGGUCGAGCCCGUCGUGUCCAGUUGCUCAAGACCGAGCUUGGGUGUAUGGCGCCUCAGGACCCGGCUCCGUGGCCCCGAUAACGGGCCGCCCCCCCAGCUCCUGGCCCGGGGUGAGGGUCUCUCCUGAUCUGAGAAUGGCCACCCCUCGUUAUGAGCCAGUGGCUGAGAUUGGUGUUGGUGCCUAUGGGACGGUGUACAAGGCCCGUGAUCCCCACAGUGGCCACUUUGUGGCCCUCAAGAGCGUGAGAGUCCCCAACGGAGGAGGCACUGGCGGGGGCCUUCCUAUUAGCACAGUUCGUGAGGUGGCAUUACUAAGGCGGCUGGAAGCUUUUGAUCAUCCCAAUGUUGUCAGGCUGAUGGAUGUCUGUGCCACGACCCGAACUGACCGGGAAACCAAGGUAACCCUGGUGUUUGAACAUGUGGACCAAGACCUGAGGACUUACCUAGACAAAGCACCUCCACCAGGCUUGCCAGUGGAGACCAUCAAGGAUCUGAUGCGCCAGUUUCUAAGAGGCCUUGAUUUCCUGCAUGCCAAUUGCAUCGUUCACCGAGACCUGAAGCCAGAGAACAUUCUGGUGACAAGUGGUGGGACAGUCAAGCUGGCUGACUUUGGCCUGGCCAGAAUCUACAGUUACCAGAUGGCACUAACACCUGUGGUUGUUACACUCUGGUACCGUGCUCCUGAGGUGCUUCUGCAGUCUACGUAUGCAACUCCUGUAGACAUGUGGAGUGUCGGCUGUAUCUUCGCAGAGAUGUUUCGUCGGAAGCCUCUAUUCUGUGGAAAUUCUGAAGCUGACCAGUUAGGCAAAAUUUUUGAUCUGAUUGGACUGCCCCCAGAGGAUGAUUGGCCCCGAGAUGUGUCUCUACCCCGAGGAGCUUUUUCUCCCAGAGGGCCUCGUCCAGUGCAGUCCAUGGUGCCUGAGAUGGAGGAGUCUGGAGCACAGCUGCUACUGGAAAUGCUGACUUUUAACCCACACAAGCGAAUCUCUGCCUUCCGAGCCCUGCAGCACUCUUAUCUACAAAAGGGCGAUGGUAAUCCCGAGUGA